AUGAGUGAUAUAGUUUACGUUUCUCCACAAGUUUACUUGGUCUCGAAAGACAAAUGGAAAAGUACUCACCAGAAGCCAGGUUUCAUCCCAAUAUUAAGCGCCGACAUACCGCGAUUUCAAGAGUCUCUGCAGAAGGUUGCGAAGUCCCGUGGUGGCCAACAAGGUAUAGAUGGAAUUACCAAUGGGUCGAUAACAAAAGGCGGUACUAAUUCAAGUUCAUUUGGGUCCUCUAAAGCCACAGAGGACCAUGCUUCGAACUCGAGCAAGCACCAGAGUCUUAAACAAUUUUUCCCAAUUGGCCUCCAACAACAACUGCAUACCUUUUCUCUUCAGGGAGUUCCAAGCACAAUUUCAGACGAGCAACUUGAGUCAUCUUUGCAAACUUGUAUUCAACGCGUGAUUCAAUGCCUUGGGUACGAUAACGGGCCGCAUGUCGAGUGCUGGACGAACAUAAGGUUUUAUGAUUUGUCUACUCAGGACGUUUUUGUGCGAUUAGAUCAGAGUGACAACAUGUUGUUUGCCAAGAUUUGUAAAUCGCUUGAAAUGGUAUUCCCUGCAUCUGGUGAACAAGACGAAGUAAAAAUAGAGUUUCAUUGCGAUUCGAACACAACAAAACUCAUAGAAGACCAGAAAGUGGAAGUUUUAGAAGCUGCCUGCCAGAGUAUCUCAAAUGAGAUGAAUGAAAUUCUUAGAGUACCAGAAGGUUCUAAGGUGAGUGAGACAACAAAUGACGAUUUUUUUGGCGAGUCCAGUGAUUAUCAGAUUGAUUUCAACACUCUCAGUGAUCUGCCGAGAGAGUCACUAUCACAACUUUGUAAAGACAUCAUUGAGUUUCGCACUAGGGUGGUGAGCAUUGAGAAGGAGAAAAGGAUUCGUGAAGCGUACGAAGAAAGUACUAGAAGAAAGCAUCAAAUGAUGCGAAUAUUUGACCAGUUGAGAAAGAGCAAGAAUAAUGUCACAGAUGAAAUGGAAAGUGAUGAAUCUGAUGAUGAGCAGGACGAAUAUGAAGGAAUCGGAGAGGAUGAUUUCCUUGCCGAGAAGCAAAGACAAGAUAAAGAAAAAGAACAAUCCGAGCAAAGGUACCAGGAACUACUCAAGAAUUUGCACAAGCAUAUUGAACCUCGACUGGCUGCUUUGCAUCGAGAUAUCAAGAGACAACAAAAUUAUGAAAAGACCCUGGCCGAUGAGCAAUCCCUACACUUGAAGCAACUUUUACACCAGGCCAAUGAUCCAUACUACGAUCAUCAUAGGUCAUUUAAAGAGUCGGAGGAACAAGCGGACGAAACCGAUAGGAAAGAACAUGGAUUCGAAACCCCCUCAGUUGAACCCGAAGUGCCAUUGACCGAAGAACAACCACAGCUACAACCGGAAGAUUCUCCAGCUCCAGGACAAAUCAAGAUUAAAUUCGCAUUCAAGAAAGCUAUCGAAACAUCAGCACAAAAGUUCACCGAGUCACCCGAGCUUCCAAUUGAAAAAACACAAGAACCAGAGGGAUCUGCACCUAGCAUUCUGGCCCUUGACGACGAAACACUAGAGAAAUGUCUGCAGAAGGUCAAGGAAUCUCGUGUUGUGGAUGAGCUAAUCAAAGAAUACCUCGGUGUUUACGAAGACGAACUAGUCGAAUACAUCUUUGACAAUGUGCGCGAACACAAAAGUAAACAAGUCCUCCUAGACGACUUAAAGGAGACCUUUGAUGAAGAUGCCAUCACUAUCGUGGACAAGAUGUGGUCCAACCAUUACUGGAGCUAG